CGCCCACUGGGAGGAGCCUGAUUCCAAGAUGGCGGCUUUUAACGUCCUGAGCCGCUGCGAAGGCUGCUCCAAGAUGGCGGCCCAGGCUAGCCGCUUAGCGUUUGGGAAAGGCGCCCGGUUUUACCACGCGAAGCCGUUGAAGCGGCAGCUCGGAGGAGUCUACCGGCCGGAUCCAGACAACCCUAAGACGCCGGCUUGGCAGCUGACGGCGGCCUACGAAGCCAAGCUGUUCGGGCGCUAUGGGGCGGCCUCCGGGGUCAAUCCAGGCAGGCUUUGGCCUAGUCCGGAGCAGCUGAAGGAGAUGGAGGAAGAGGAGAGGGCUUGGUACCCGUCCCUGAGGGAGAUGGAGGCGGCCCUCGAGGCCAAGGAGCAGGAGGAGAAAGCCAAGGCCCGGCAAAGAGAGGAGCUCAUUGCUGCCAAAAUGGCUAAGAUGCCCCAAAUGAUAGCAGAGUGGCAGCAGGAGAAGGCUCUGCGCAAAGCCAAGGAGCUAGAAGAAAAAGAGUGGCGGCAGCGCCUACUGGCUGAGGCCCGUGAGCGAUUUGGCUACAACUUGGACCACCGUAGCCCCCAGUUCCAAGAGAUGGUGCAAGAGAUGGAGAAGGCUAGACGGAAGGAGCAGAAGCUGUUGAAGAAGCAGCGUAGAGAGGAGACCUUGGCCAAAAAAGCAGCAGAAGGUCCAGCUGUUGCUUCUGUUCAAGACACACACGAGGCGGUUGCUACUACAGAGGUCUUGCACCACCAGGUUACACAGACUGCUUAGUCUUCCUGAAAUAAAUGCAACCUCCAGGCAGUGACUUUAGGUAACAGCCCCACAUGAUUCCCAGAGGCCUAGUUCAUUUAUUGCAAAACCUGAUACUGGCUUAAGGCCACCUUCCAGAUCUUCUGCAGCUGUGGAUCUCAUUGACAUAGAAAAUAUUCUAGAUCUUUUGACUAUUGAUGUCUGACCAAAUGAGGGUCAGCAUCACUGAUAAAUGGCAUUGAAAACGUUGUCUUUUUUGCCAAUGGAUUCUGAGGAUUGAUAAUAGCUGCUGCUGUGCCAGUGCAGAAGAUCUGCACUUGGAUUAUACUUACAGGCUGGCCAAUAUAUUGUAUGCAAUUUAAUAAACAUACCUGGUGUAUUAA